CGUUGCGGACGUUAAAUGGAAUGUAGUCAUGAUGACAUUGAUUUGACGUUCUUGAAAUUGACAUUUGUUCGACCUUUUCAAUACUUAAGGGUACAUUGUAGCGGGAAAGCAAAGACACCAGUAUUAAAAACCUCAAAAAAAAUGUUUAAAUCGGCGAUUUUCAAUCUUCAAGAGGCUAGUAAGGAUCAAGUGAAAGAAUUCUUAAACUCGUUUGACACUGUUUUAAGUGAUUGUGAUGGAGUCUUAUGGAUAAACAAUAAUGCAAUACCUGGCUCAGCAGAAGCUAUGAACUUUUUUAGAAACCUUGGAAAAAAGAUAUUCUAUGUAACAAAUAAUUCAACAAAAACUCGAAGUGAGUUUGCCCUCAAAGCUCAACAGCUAGGAUUUAUUGCAGAGCCGGAAGAUAUUCUAUCAACGGCUUACUUAGUCGCUCAUUAUCUUAGAGGCAUUGGAUUUCGUAAGAAAGUGUAUUUAGUAGGCUCAAGUGGCAUAGGAGAUGAACUGAAAGCAGUGGGCAUACGACAUAUCGGAAUAGGACCAGACCCUGUAAAACAAGAUUUUAAAUCUAUGACGACAUCAGAAUUAGAUCCAGAAGUUGGAGCUGUGGUUGUUGGUUUUGAUGAGCAUGUUAGUUACCCCAAAUUCAUGAAAGCAGCAUCGUAUUUAGCAAAUGAAGAAUGUUUAUUUGUAGCGACCAACACAGAUGAACGGUUUCCUAAAUCUAGCUCAAUUAUUAUACCUGGUACAGGUACAUUGGUAAGAGCUGUCGAGACAUGUUCUGAACGGAAAGCAUUAGUCCUUGGAAAACCAAAUGAUUAUGUCCGGAAAUUCCUGGAAUCCUUUGGUUUGGAUCCAGCGAGAACCUUAAUGAUUGGUGAUAGAUGUAAUACGGAUAUUGAGUUUGGUGUGAGAUGUGGUUUUCAAACGCUUCUUGUAAAGACAGGAGUUACUAAUGAUAAGGAUGUAGAAAGAAUGCGAAUUGAAAGAAGAUCACCCGUACCAGAUGUUGUCCUCCCAAAACUAGGAGACAUUAUUAAUUUAGCAAGUUCAUAGUACAAAAAAAAUUAGCUAUAUAACUAGAAAAAUUGUCAGCAAAAAUGUGAUAAAACAAAUUUUUAGUAUAUCUUUGUUUUUUAUUGUGUUUGUAAGUCAAUUGUAAUCAAAUAAUAUAUUGAAUUAUUGAGAAUUACAGUUUGUCUUGGGUAUGACACUAGAUACAAUAAUAUUUAUGCUUAGAAGCUUCAAGGUAAUUAAUCCAUAGCAUUUAUUAGAAAAUUAGGCUUCAAAAUUAUAUACAUAUUGUUGUAAAGUAAAUAUAAAAAUGAAUUUGCAUGAAACACAAGAUAAUAAUUAAGUAUAAUAUAUAUAUAUAUAUAUAUAUACGGCGUCUAUUAUUGUAUGACAAUAUUAAAUGCACCAACAACGAUAUUUGUUUAGUAGUAAGUAUAUUAGGAUGCUAAAUUAACGCUACGCAAAUUUUAUGCAUUUUUACAAUGUAUUUAAUAUUUAAAAAAAAAAUUUAUAUAUAAAAAAGAUCCGGAAAAAUUCGAUAUUUAUAUAAAACUAUAGUAAUUAGUUAGUCUAAAAUCAUUUGUUACUAGUAAUUAGAUUUCUUUAUAAUAUACAUAUGUAAACCUUCACAAAAAGUAUAUAGAAUUUUAUAACAGUAUUUUCGAUGUAUUUAGUUCAAUUAAAGAUAAACAAACGUUCAUAGAACCCAGUUCUUAUUUUAGUGUCUACUGCUUUAACAUUUUUUACAAUAAUAAAACAAUCUACACUUGUU